GAAGAAUGUCUCCGUCUCUGUGGUCUCUUGUACCAAGUUCGCAGAACGCAGCUGUUUCCUUCUGCUCUACUUCCGAGGAGGCGGGGCAUAUUCCAGAGGUGACCAGGCUGGAAAGGCAGUGCUGGAGAGGAGGCUUCAGUUCUGAGAAAUGGCUUCCUUUGGGUGGAAGAGGAAGAUUGGGGAGAAAGUAUCAAAGGUAACAUCACAGAAGUUUGAAGCUCAGGCUGCAGAUGAAGAGGGCCUCGGUAGUGAUGAGGCUGACUGGCUACCGGAGGCAAAAAAGAAAAAAGGACUUCUCCUUGAAGACUGUUUGGCAAAAAGUAAACAGCUGAAGGAGGAAGGAGCAGUUUUGGCAGAAAAUGAAAGAUACCGGGAGGCUCUUCACAAAUGGGAUGAAGCCCUUCAGUUAACUCCAGAAGAUGCUGCCCUCUAUGAAAUGAAAUCACAGGUCCUGAUGUCUCUGCAUGAAAUGUUUCCUGCAGUGCAUGCGGCAGAAAUGGCUGUCCAGAGAGAUCCCCAUUCUUGGGAGGCCUGGCAGACUUUGGGACGUGCUCAGCUUGGAUUGGGAGAAAUCACAUUGGCGAUCCGAAGUUUCCAGAUUGCCUUACACAUCUACCCAGUGAACCCUGAACUGUGGAAUGAGGAUCUUUCUUGGGCAAGGCAGCUACACAAACAGCAAAAGAAAGCGACCGAGACCGAGACUGCCACCCAAGGGACGGCAGUCCAGGGGGAGACUUCAGAAGAGCCGAUCCCGGAUUACGAUUUUGAAAGUGACGAGAUUCUAGCUGUCUGUGCUGCCAUAGCUGAGAAGGAAAAGAACACAUCUCCCUCAAAAACUGUAGUGAUCGUGUCGGCUUCAGGGACAGUGGAGACCGUAACUGAAAAAGAGGAAUGCGCGGGCAAACCCGACGGUGCUGUUUUUAUCAAGGCCCGAUAAAACAGCACCGAUGCUUCUGGAAAUGACCCUUCCUUUUGAGGGCUUCCUUGUCCACCUUCCCCUGCGUGCUUCAAGUCUCCUCCUGGAUCAUCAAGAAUUGGAACCGGUCCUUUGGAAAGGCUUCCCCUGCCAAGUGGUUUUCGUGACACUUGCCUCGACGAACCUUCCUGUGUCAACAGGAAGGAGAGGAAGAUGCCAGCGGUUGUGCUUCAAGAUGGCUUGAGGCUGUACAAGAUGGCCACAAAUGAAAUGUCUCCACGUGUGAGGGAAAUAGGUAACGCUGGGCAAAUGAAAAGAACCCCCAUGGAAGCAGGAUGGCUUUUCCUAGCCAAGUUCUGCUCCUGGUCUGGAAAGGGUGGCUUUCAGCUGGGAACUGAAGGUCAGGUGCUGUGUGACACUCUUGUCAUUUUUGAGGGAAGACUGUCAUCAGUGGUCCCAUCAAUAGUAUUUAAACCUAGACUGCCUUACAUGGCUUGUUCUGAUCAAAGCCAGGAGGUUUUCUUCCAAUCUGUUGCUCCUCCCAGUGGCCCUGCUUCCUUCCCCUCCCCAAGUCUCCAACCCGUGUCCGUGGUUGAUUGUGGGCGCUGCCUCCACUCCACCCAUCCCUUGGCUUUCCAUUGCAUUAAUCACAGGUCAUUUUGUCCGACCCUUGUACUAAAAUGAUUUUGAAAUCCACUUAUUAAAACAUCCUCGUUUUUCAGUUAUUUGGGUGCACAGAAGGAGCAGGUGGUAUAAUCUUCCUUUCCCUCCACCCAGUUUCCAAAGAAGCAGUACUUUAAAAUAAAUAUAUAAAUUGUUUUGGGGGAAAAAACCAGUGGGUAAAUGAGAGUUCCCGAGAUCUAAACCUGAGAACUUGUACAAUCACAAAGCGAGUGCCGAAUUGUCACUGUCAGCCAUUUGGAGUGUGCAAAUCGGUCAGCUUAGGUUCACAGGUGUCAAACUCGCGGCCCUCCAGAUGUUAUGGACUACAGUUCCCAUCAUCCCCUGCCAGCACAAGCAAUUAGCCAUGCUGGCAGGGGAUGAUGGGAACUGUAGUCCACAACAUCUGGAGGGCCGCAAGUUAGUAGUUGAACAUACUCAGUUUAUCGUCUGCCUCCACCAUUCCUUGGAACACGAAGCAAGUUACUCACCUUUCCUUAUGGCUGGGUGACCAUUAUUUUUCCUCCCUGCUUUUGUAAUUUCAAUUUUAAUACCAGACGGAAGCAAGCUUUAGAGCCAACAGGAUAGAAUGUGCAGUCUUCAGUUUUGUUUGCCCUGAUAUUAACUCUGCAGGUUGAAUGCUGUGAAGCUACGUUCCAUCCGCAAUGGCGUUUUUUUCCCUUCAGUAUAAGGAGCCUUCUGCUGAUCCAAGGGGCUGUUUCCAUUGUCUAAAGACUCUUUGCAUCAGAGGAAAACAUCUCCUUGAGUGGAACGGAUCCACAGGAUCAUGUGUCCAAAUCAUUUGUCAGGGUUGAUUGAAUUUUAAUAAAUAAUUCACAUCUAUUGUGAAUAUCUUGUGCUACUUUCCAGUAAAUUCCUGAUAAGUCUGCUCAAAAAUUUGGGUAUACUCUAUUGGAGUCGCACACACUUAGUUCAUAGCCAUCUUUGCUCAGGGUUCCUGUUUACAGAACACGCUUUAAUAAAGCAGAUUUUUAUUUUAAUAGGACAGCAUUACUCGAAGAGCAGGGCUAUAUCUGAUUACCGUAGACAUCACCUCUGACUCAAAUCAUUGCCCCUUUUUUCCUGGAAGACUACCAGAUUUCUAAUAUAUCUAGCCCACAAUUUUACUUAAUCUGAUCUUAUUCGCACUUAACUACAAGGACAGCCCACUUUGAUCAGAUGGGUCUACCUGUGCCAAGAUUAUACUGCAUAAGGACCCCAGUCUAUGAGAAAGCUUAGCAAAUGGUGGGCAGAUUUUUCUGAGCGUACUCAAGGAGAGUACAAAGUGGCAGCAUCGCUAGUGAAAUUACUUUAAAUUUGACUCAGCGUUGGAGGGCUUAACUGUCCUUCCUGCCUCAUUCGUGCAAUGUCCUUCCUGCCUGCUUCAUCGCGAAACAGGCAUUCAUGGCAGGAUAAGGUAUUGCUGACACUUUCUUUCCUGUAGUAUUGAGUUGUAUGGGGUACCUCCCUGAGAAGUAGCAGCAAAUUGCUACUCUACUCAAAUAACUGGUGGCGUUGCUGUUCUUCUGUCUCAUAUCAGCCACACUUAGAUGGUUUUCAAGUGUUUUCACAGCAUAAAUAAAGUUUUCUUCCCGUGUAA